GCUUUCCUCCGGAAUUAGUCGCCUCAAACACACAAUAUCAGUCGCGUUAGGGAUUAAGCUUUACUUUGUUUACAUUCUCAUGGCGUUAGUGGCUGUAUUCCUCUAAUUGCUGGCCCAGGUGGUCUGUGGGCCCAGGCUGCAGCGAUCCUUCCACAUUGUCCUGGAUUAUUAUUGAAUUCUUAAUAUGAUUGAGAUCAUUUGCAACGACCGUUUGGGGAAAAAGGUUCGUGUGAAGUGCAAUCCUGAUGAUACCAUUAAGGAUCUGAAGAAGUUAAUAGCUGCACAGACUGGGACAAAAUGGGACAAGCUUGUCUUGAAAAAAUGGUACACCAUUUUCAAGAAUCACGUUCAGUUGGAGGAUUAUGAGAUCCACGAUGGAAUGAACUUGGAGCUAUAUUACCAGUGAAGUGUAUUGCAGUCUGUGAAAUCUGCCACAAUUGACCAACAACUCAUGGAGAAACAAGCUUGCGGCUUCAAAAUGAACAUUUCCUUUGUGCAUUUCUGCACCGUACCUAUAACCUUUGUUUAAGAGUGUUCUUUGUACUGUAAAACGAGUUUAACUUUUGAUUUCUGAUACAAAUUUACAAUGUUUAUUAGCAAAUAAAGUGGCUAAUGCGUGCGAUUGAA